UCUAAAGUGAAAAGAUGAGUCGCCAGGGUUUAUUGCUGCCACUCUUACUCUUUAUUGUUACAUCAUCUCUACAUGUAUCACACAGUAGAUCUGAGAUAAGAUGUGAAGAGUACCCACCAUUUGGUUGUAACAACACCACUAGUUUCAACAGAGAUAGCUUUAACAAGGGUUUCCUCUUUGGUGUCGCUUCUUCUGCUUAUCAGAUUGAAGGUGCACAAGGAAGAGGCUUAAAUAUUUGGGAUGGUUUUACUCAUCGAUAUCCAACUAAGGGAAAAGGUAAAGCAACUGGAGAUAUUGCCGCUGGCUCGUACUUACACUAUAAGGCAGAUAUAGACGUGAUGAAGGAAAUUGGGGUUGAUUCCUAUAGAUUCUCAAUCGCAUGGUCCAGAAUCAUACCAAGAGGAAAGGCUUGUCGCGGAGUCAAUGAAGAAGGAAUUUCUUACUACAACAAUCUCAUCAAUGGACUUGUAUCUAAAGGCAUUAAACCAUUCGUCACCCUUUUCCAUUGGGACCUUCCUCAAACUUUGCAAGACGAAUAUGAAGGUUUCUUGGACCAUCAGAUUAUAGAGGACUUCAAAAACUACGCGGAACUUUGUUUUCAAAGAUUUGGUGACAGAGUCAAGAACUGGAUUACAAUAAAUCAACCUUAUACUAUUCCUACGCGAGGCUAUGCAACUGGCACAGACGCACCUGGACGAUGCUCAUCUUGGCUUAACAAAAACUGUUAUGCGGGCGACUCUGCGACCGAACCCUAUAUCGUUGCACAUCAUGUCCUUCUUGCUCAUGCAACUGUUGUGGAUCUGUAUAAACAAAAAUACCAGAAAAUACAUGAAGGGGAAAUUGGAGUUACAAUGAUUACUAGAUGGUUUCUUCCGUACAGUAACUCUGAUGAAAAUCUUAAAGCAGCUGAGCGAGCCAAAGAGUUUUUCCACGGAUGGUUUAUGGAUCCGCUAACGAAGGGACACUAUCCAUUAAUCAUGGAGCAGAUGUUGAAAAAGCGACUUCCACGGUUCACCGCAAAAGAAGCGUUAUUAGUGAAAGGAUCAUAUGAUUUUAUUGGAGUGAAUUAUUACAUGACACAAUUCGCAAAAAGUGUUCCACCUGAAAAUCCUAAUAGACUUAGUGUCAUGACGGAUUCACAAGCUAGGCUUUCUUAUGUUAAUGAAGACGGUCCAAUAAGUCCAUGCCCAUUUGGGGAUGACUACUAUCGUCCAAGAGGGAUUUUAGAUGUACUAGAGUACUUCAAAACAAAUUACGGAAACCCCAAAGUUUAUAUAACUGAAAACGGCUUUCGAAGUCUUGAUGGAAGUGCGUUGGUCGAAGAAAUCAAGAACGAUCAAAAUAGAACGGACUUUAUAUGCACUCAUCUUUGUUUUGUACGAUCAGCCAUCGAGAAAGGUUGUCAAGUGAAGGGAUAUUUCGUUUGGUCUCUGGGAGAUAAUUACGAAUUCUGUGAUGGCUACACAGUUAGAUUUGGGUUGACGUAUAUAGACUUUGCAAACAUUGCAGAUGAUAGAGAUCUGAAAUCUUCAGGAAAAUGGUACCAAGAGUUUUUGAAGCCAAAUCAAAAUGUUAUCACACAAGUGCAAGACUAUAGUUCACAACAUUUUCUGGAUGACCAAGUAAAAGAAAAAGAAAGAUGUGUGAUUGGCCAGACCAGCUAAUAUCAUCCUUUCAUUAACAUUAAACUUAAUUAACAUGAAAACUUCUAAAAAUAAUCUUUUUAAUAAAAAAAAUUGUAAUAAUAUUAACAACAAAGUUUGGU